GUUUGUAACCACCAUUAAUAGAAAAGAAGAAGAAGAAGAAGAGUGUUGUAACCGAAAGUAAACUCGAAAGUAAACGCGUAUUUUGAAGAGUUAAAAUCCUUCUCUUCAGAUCUCAGAGUUGACGGCCUCAAAUCAGUUCCUCAUCAUGGAGAUCAGUGAGAGAUCUUCAUCUCCAGAUCCCAGCUGUGUGUCUCUGAAGAGUGACGCAUCCAUGCAAAACCCUCCUAAAUUCAGUGCUGAACCAGUGACCUCUGACCCCAGUAUCACCAGGAGGAAGAGUCAAAGAUCUUCAUUUCCUGAACCCAGCUGUGUGUCUCUGAAGAGUGAUAGAUCAAUGGAUAAUCCUCCUAAAUUCAGUGCUGAACCAGUGACCUCUGACCCCAGAGACGAUCAGAUUAGAGCCCAGGAUCCUCCUCAAGCAGUGAAUGAUGAACUACAGAGAGUCAAAGAGCAGCACAAAACCAGCAUGAAGAACAAGUAUGAGAGAUUAUUUGAGGGACUGAAACUCCAGGAGAAUGAAAGCCUCCUGAACAGCAUCUACACACAGCUCUACAUCAUAGAGGGAGAGAGUGAAGGAGUGAAUAAAGAACAUGAGUUUCUACAGAUGGAGAAAACAGCCAGAACACAACACUCACAAGACACUCCAAUCUACUGCAAUGACAUCUUUAAAGCCUCAGCUGAAGCAGGAUGUGAGGAGAAAGAGCAGAUCAAGACUGUUCUUACUAAAGGUAUCGCUGGAAUCGGAAAAACCGUCUCUGUGCAGAAGUUCAUUCUGGACUGGGCCGAGGGAAAAGCCAAUCAGGAUGUAGAUUUCAUGUUUGUGCUUCCAUUUCGAGAGCUGAACUUGAUCCGAGAUCAUCAGUACAGUCUUCACAGACUUCUGCUGGACUUUCAUCCUGAACUUCAAGAUCUGGACUCACAGAUUUAUAAGGAGUGUAAAGUUGUGUUCAUCUUGGGUCUGGAUGAAAGCAGAAUCACACUUAUGUUUUCAGACGCUCAGAAAGUUUGUGAUGUGACUGAGACUUCAUCAGUGGCUGUGUUGAUAUCAAAGCUCAUAAAAGGAGAGCUGCUUCCCUCUGCUCUCAUCUGGAUCACCUCCAGACCAGCAGCAGCCAAUCAGAUCCCCUCCAAAUACAUCCACCGUCUGACAGAAAUUCAGGGAUUCACUGAGCCUCAGAAGGAGGAAUAUUUCAGGAAGAGAAAGGAUGAGCAUCAAGCCAGCAGAAUCAUCUCACACAUCAGAAGAGCAAGAAGCCUCCACAUCAUGUGCCACAUCCCCGUCUUCUGCUGGAUCUCAUCCACUGUGCUUCAGAAGCUCCUGAAAGAAGAUCUGAGUGCAGAAAUCCCUCAAACUCUGACUGAAAUGUACAUCCACUUCCUGCUGAUUCAGAUCAACAUGAGGAAGCAGAAGUAUGAAGAGAGAGAUCCAGAGAAAAUCCUGCAGUCCAACAGAGAAGUGAUUGUGAAACUUGCUGAAGUGGCUUUCAAACAGCUGAUGAAGGGCAAUGUGAUGUUCUAUGAGGAGGACCUGAUUGAGAGCGGCAUAGACGUCACUGACGCCUCAGUGUAUUCUGGGAUUUGCACUGAGAUCUUUAAGCAGGAAUCUGUGAUUCAUCAGAGGAAAGUCUACAGCUUCAUUCAUCUGAGCGUUCAGGAGUUUCUCGCUGCUUUCUAUCUGCUUUACUGCUAUUUAACAAAGAACCAGGAGCCACUGCAUGAAUUUAGAUCUUCACUGCAUGAAUUCAGAUCUUACACAUUUGAUGAAAUCUCUCUAUAUGAUGUACUAACAUCAGCAGUAGAUAAAGCUCUCAAGAGUAAGAAUGGACAUCUGGAUCUGUUCCUGCGGUUCCUGCUGGGUGUCUCACUGGAGUCCAAUCAGAGACUCUUACAGGAUCUACUGACACACACAGAGAACAGCUCAGAGACCAUCAGAGAAACCACACAGUACAUUAAAGAGAAGAUCAAAGAUACAAAUGAUCAUUAUUCUCUCUCAGCUGAUCAGUCCAUCAAUCUGUUCCUCUGUCUGCUGGAAGUGAAAGAUCAGACUCUGUUCAGAGAGAUUCAGGAGUUUGUGAAAUCAGACAAACACUCAAAGAUGUAUAUCUCUGCUGCUCACUGCUCAACAAUCUCCUACAUGCUUCAGAUGUCAGAGGAGCCGCUGGAUGAACUGAACCUCAAGAAAUACAGCACAACAGCUGAGGGGAUAAGGAGACUGAUACCAGCUGUGAUCAACUGCAGAAAAGCUCUGUGA